AUGGAAAUCCCUAACGUCGCUUUCAUCAUAGCUGCAGCUCUCGCCUUCAAUUUCAUUUCUUACACCAAACAAAUCGAUCUCUGGACAUAUGUUUACUACCCAAAUGGUACAAUCGAGAAUCUGAACCUGCCGAUAGAGCCUUCAGAUUUGCCAAGUACCCCGGACGAGCUGGAAAAUGAUGUCAUCUUCGUCCUUCGCACCGAGCUUGAAGAGUCAAGAGGCCAACAAUUGUACGUAAAGGACAUCGAUACUUUGUCGGCGAGUAAUUUCAACGCCAGCAAUCCGGUUAGAAUAGUGAUCCACGGAUGGCUGAACUCGAUGAAAUCGCCGAGCGAGACUUUGAUUCGCGAUGCCUACCUAUCCGUCGGCAAUUACAACGUGAUUCUGGUCGACUGGAGUUCCUACUCUCGCAAAGACUACCUUUACGCAAGAAGAAAGGUUACUACAGUUGGCAAAUACGUUGGACAGAUGAUCAAUUUCUUGGUGGAGAACGGAGCUAGCAUGGAAGACACGAUCGUCGUUGGACAUUCUCUUGGGGCUCACAUAGCUGGCAUAGCGGCGAGAUCGGCGAAGAACGACGUCGGCGCAGUUGUUGGCCUCGAUCCAGCCGGUCCUCUAUUCAACUAUGAGGCCACCGAAUCAAGGAUGACUUCAAAAGACGCCAACUUCGUCGAAGUGAUUCACACGGCCGCCGGGCGUCUUGGUUACAACGGAAAUUUGGGGGACGUCGAUUAUUGGCCAAACGGUGGACUCCGGCAGCCAGGAUGCGGCUUGGAUCUCUUAGCGAUCUGCUCUCAUCUCCGGUCUUACACGUUAUUCGCAGAGUCGAUUCUCGAUCGUAACAAUGCAUUCACUUCAAAGGCCUGCGAAAGCUACACCGCCUACGAAACCGGGCAAUGUGAGGAUGCAAGGACAUCGUACAUGGGAGGAGCCACCCUCGACGUCGAAGCAACCGGAACUUACUACCUCGAUACCAACAGCGUGGCCCCGUUCGCCAGAGGCGACGUCGGACCAGACGAGACGGAUAUACUCACGUCGAUUACAGACAAUCUUGGAAAAUGA